AUGAAACGAUACAAAUUUGCAGCAGCAGAUAUACACAACUUGGAUGAGACUGGCUGCAAAACUGUCAAGGAAAUGGCCAAAGUUAAAGUCAUUGCACCAAAGCAGGAGAGGCAAGUGGGUAGAGUAACUUCUGCUGAGAGGGGCACACUCGUUACUUUGCUCUGCUGUGUAAAUGCAUGUGGGAACUCUAUUCCGCCUCUCUUUGUAUUCCCACGAGUCAACUUCAAGAAACAUAUGUUACGUGGCGCUCCUCCUGGUAGUGUUGGUGUGGCCCAUCCAUCUGGUUGGAUGACUGGAGAAAACUUUGUGGUAUUCCUACAUCAUUUCAUCAAGAAUGUCCGCUGUUCCAAAGACCAUCCAGUCUUGAUCAUAAUGGACAACCAUGACAGCCACACCACAAUAAAUGCAUUGAAUGUUGCCAAGGAAAAUGGAAUCGUGUUACUCACUUUCCCGCCGCAUUGCAGCCAUAAGUUACAACCGCUGGACCGUAGCGUGUUUGGACCUUUUAAACAUUAUUACACUCAGGCAGCAAAUGCUUACAUGAACAACCACCCUGGAUCUACAAUUAACAUUCAUGCUAUUGCAGAAUUGGUUGGUAAAGCAUACCCGAUAGCUUUUACCCCCCGAAACAUCACUGCAGGAUUUAAAGUUUCUGGUAUUGUUCCAUUUGAUUCAAAUAUAUUCAAUGAUGAGGAAUUUGCACCAUCUUCUGUGACAGACCAUGAAGAUGCAGGUGAUGUUCAGCCAGCAGCUCCCGAUGACCGUGACGAUGCAAGUGAUUUGCGCCCAGGAAGUUCUGGAGGUAGGCCUACUGCUCCAGCAGAAGUAGGCCCAACACCUUCAACAUCAGCAGUUACUAUCGACGCAGUUUCACCAUUACCAAAGGCACCACCCAGAAAGACAACAGGUGGACGAAAAAAGGGCAAAACACAAAUCCUAACGGAUACUCCUGUGAAACAAGCAAUUGAAGCUGAUAUUUUUAAAAGGGGUAGUAAAACUGAAGAUCUAGGCCUGCCGAAGCUGACCUUGGGGCACAGUGAGCGCCUUAAGAAAGAUGACUUUGCACUUGUCAGGUUCCAAACAGAGAAAAACAGAGAAAUUCAUUACACUGGUGAGGUCCAGGAAAUUAUCAUUGUUGAAGAUGAUGUAGAAUACGAAAUCAUGUUUAUGAGGCGUUCAUCAAAGCGAUCUUACAUAUUCAACUUUCCCAUCAUAGAUGACGUGUCUGAUAUUGAAGCCAAGGACAUUGUGGCAGUCCUACCAGAACCUGUUGAGCAAGGGGGCAGAUACUUGAGAUUCCAGGUUGAUCUUUCACCAUUCAACAAGUCACUGGCUUAG